UCCGAGUUCUCGGAGCAGGUGGGGCCGCAGCCCCUGCUGACCAUCCCCAAUGACGCCAAGGUGUCGGGCACCUUCGAUCUCAACUAUUUUUCCCUGCGGAUCAUGUCUGUGGAUUACCAGGCGUCCUUCGUGGGGCACCCUCCCGGCUCUGCCUACCCGAAGCUGAACUUCGUGGAGGAUUCCAAGGUGGUGCUGGGGGACUCAAAGGAGGGGGCUUUCGCCUACGUCCACCACCUGACUCUCUACGAUCUGGAAGCCAGGGGCUUCGUGAGGCCCUUCUGCAUGGCCUACAUUUCUGCUGACGAGCACAAAAUCAUGCAGCAGUUCCAGGAACUCUCUGCAGAGUUCUCCAAAGCUUCCGAGUGCCUGAAAACAGGGAACAGGAAAGCUUUUGCUAACGAACUGGAAAAGAAGCUGAAAGAUCUCGACUACACCAGGACCGUCCUGCACAACGAAACGGAGAUACAGAAGAAAGCCAACGACAAAGGGUAUUACACAACACAAGCCAUCGAGAAGGCCAACGAGCUGGCCAGCGUGGAGAAGUCUAUCAUCGAGCACCAAGAUCUGCUGAAACAGAUCAGGUCGUAUCCCUACAGGAAGCUGAAGGAGUCCGACUUCCACCCUUACGAGCCAGACUGUGUGCUGGACCCGGCCGGCACGGGCCGCGAUCCGGACCUGACUACCUCCGACCUUGCCGAGCCCGGCGAAACGCACCUUUACGCCCACAUGCCGUCCUACACCCCCAAGCUCAUCAAAGCCAAGUCCGCCAAAUGCUUUGACAAGAAGCUGAAGACGCUGGAGGAGCUCUGUGAUGUUUAUUUCUUCACCCAAACCCUUGACCAGUUGCACCAGAUCGAGAGGACGUUCAGAGGUGACGUGUGCUACCUCCUGACAGACCAGAUCAGUCGGGCGCUCCUGAAGCAGCAGAGCAUUACGAACUUCCUCUUUGAGGAUCUCUCUUUUCUGGAUGAAAAAACACCUGAAAAACAGUACAGAGGCUGCCGGGGGCAGCUCGGUCAAGACACCGUCGAGGGGAAGUGUCUGGAAGAGUCCUCUGCUCCUAAAGUGGUCAUCAGCCUGGGAUCCUACAAGUCCAGUGUGGAGUGCGUGCCCAUCAAGAUGGAGCAGGAAAUCCAAGACUCCCAGGAACCCAAAAUGACUGAGCCAGUGACGUUCGAACCGCAGGAGAACCUGGACUAUCUGGAUGCAGAUAUUAAAGGCAGCAUCAGCAGCGGCGAGAGCAUCGAGGUUCUCGGAACGGAGAAGUCGGCGUCUGGCUUGACGAAAUCGGAGAGCCAGGCCAGCCUGCCCGUCAGCGUUCUCAGACCGUUGCCCUCCGAGGCGCUCAUCCCAGAGGAUUUCAGAGCGAGCUACCCAAGUGCCAUUAACGAGGAACCUUACGCGGAUGAUGACGAGGGCGGCCUCCGCUUCACCCCCACGCUGAGCCCGGGCGACGCCGACGAGCGAGAAGAUGUUUCAAACCAGGAAGACUUCGCACAGGUCGAUUCUGCCUGUUGUAUCGGGAAGGAAAGUCCUGGCUUCCUGGAGCCCCUGCCAGAGCUGGGCCAGAAGCCGUGCGACGAGGAUGGGGUGGUGAGGAUCCCCCCGCAGCCCUGCCGUGAGGGGCUGUCCGGGAAUUUCGGGGGCUCCCCCUCCCACAGCAGCGUCUCGGGGGGGCUCCUUCCCUAUGACCUUGACUCGCGCUACCUGGCGGGCAGCAGGGAGGUCAGCAGGAGCAGCCUGGAUGAGUGCUCAGACUCCACGAGCCACAUCAGCAGCACUGCCUCCACCUGCUCCGACAGGACCCCCUCUCCGGCUCGCCCCACCUGCCCGGCGGGCGACAGGCACAAGAAGAAGGCUGGCCAGAACGCGCUGCGCUUCAUCAGGCAGUACCCCUUCGCCCACCCCGCCAUCUUCUCCCUGCUCAGCGGGCGGACGCUGGUCGUGCUGGGGGAGGAGGAGGCGAUCGUCAGGAAGCUCGUGACGGCGCUCUCCAUCUUCGUGCCGAGCUGCAGUGCUGGCGCCAAGCCCGUGAAGCACUGGGUCACCUCCCCUCUGCACGUGGUGGACUUCCAGAAGUGGAAGCUGGUCGGACUCCAGAGGACGGUGUCUCCUGCGGGGGUGAACGUGCUGCACGCCCUGAGCCGGUACAGCCGCUACGUCAGCAUUCUGGACGCCGACAGCAAGACUCUCCGCUGCCCGCUCUACAAAGGCACCGUGGUGCCCCGGCUGGCAGACCACCGCACGCAGAUCAAGCGGGGAAGCACCUACUACAUGCACGUCCAAAGCAUCCUCACCCAGCUGUGUUCAAAAGCCUUCCUCUUCACCUUCUGCCAUCAUUUGCACCUUCCCAUCAGCGAACGGGAACCGGAGGAGUCGGUCGUGCGUCGCAGGAUGAACUUUCUGAAGCUUCAGCUGGGCCUCGCCAAUGAAGAUGUCAAGAUUGUCCAGUAUUUAGCUGAGCUGCUGAAGCUGCAGUACGUUCAGGAGCCGGGCCGGGGGGCGAAUCCGCUGCUCAGAUUUGACUACGUUCCCAGCUUUUUGUACAAAAUCUAG